AUGAAUUACGAAUUCGAGCGAGAGAGCGGUUUUAUCAAUAGUCAGCCGUCGCUUGCUGAGUGCCUGACAUCUUUCCCCCCUGUCGCUGAUUCAUUUCAAAGUUCAUCAAUCAAGAGCUCGACGCUUUCACGCCCGACACUCAUUCCUCCUCCCUUUGAGCAGACCAUUCCUAGCCUGAAUCCGGGCAGCCAUCCGCGCCACGGCCGGCCCAGGCACAGCCCCGAUGGAUGCAGCCCGCUGCCCACCGCCUCCUUACCCCCGGAAUACCCGUGGAUGCGGGAGAAGAAAGCCUCCAAGAGGAACCACCUGCCGACCUCCACCGCUACAGCCACCGCCAUAUCCAGUGGACCUGUGUGCUUCUCUCCAAAAGGUUCGCCCGAGAUUGUGGAGAGCGGCGGGGGAGGAGGAGGAGGCUCCCGCCGGCUGAGAACGGCGUACACCAACACCCAGCUGCUGGAGCUGGAGAAGGAGUUCCACUUCAACAAGUACCUCUGCCGGCCCAGGAGGGUGGAAAUCGCGGCCCUGCUGGACCUGACCGAGAGGCAGGUCAAAGUCUGGUUCCAGAACCGGCGCAUGAAGCACAAGCGGCAGACCCAGAGCAAGGAGAACCACAAUGUGGACGGCAAGGGCCAGGGGGCCGACGACGGCAUCCACAGCGACGAGGAGGAGGACGAGGGGCCCCUGUACGAGCAGAGCGGGGCCCUGCUGGAGCGGGAUACCUGCUCCUUUCAGAACAACGCGCAGCAGCUCCACAAUGGAGAGUCGGCCGGCUUCGCUGCCGCGCCGCUGAGCAGCAAUGACAAAAAUCUGAAACAUUUCCCCAACCCGGCACCCACUGUUCCGGGCUGCAUGUCAACAAUGGGCCCCGGCUCGGCAUCUGGCCCGGACAAUGGCGACAGUCCCUCGGCCCUGGAUGUUUCUUUACACGAUUUCCAAGCUUUCUCCUCGGAUUCCUGCCUACAGCUUUCAGACGCGGCUUCGCCCAGCCUGUCAGAGUCGCUGGACAGCCCCGUGGACAUCACUGCGGACAGUUUCUAUUUUUUCUCGGAGUCCCUAACCACAAUCGACCUGCAGCAUCUGAACUACUAA